CAACGUCAAAGAUGCAGCUUAUUAGAUGUAUGUUACCCGUUAUACAGUAACUGUGUCCAAUAUUCGGAUGUAACCUCAAUCGUUUUGUUGACAAACUGAGGCAAUUGUUUUUAAACUUAUUAUUAUAGCGAAUAACAAGUUAAUUAAGUGCUUUUAAUAAUGUCUUCUUCAAAACCUGAUUUUCCGCUGGAGGCGGUCAACGUGCAUGGACCAACUUAUCUUAAAAAUGCCCUUUUAAGUUGUACUGAUCCUAUGAAGGCAAUUGAACAAUUUCAAUUAACAAACGGAAUUCUUUUGCCAUCCCUACGCCCCAUGCUUCCUUUACUGGAUCUACACGGAGUCCGGCGAUUAGAUUUUCACACAUCUGUCGUUGAAGAACUGCGCGAAAAACUAAUCACACACAUAAACGAAAUCGGUGCAAAAACUGGUCCAGAACGCGACAAGAAACUCAACGAAUUGUUAAUAAAAAGUUUCCCUGUCGUGAAAGUAAAAUCACUCCGUCCUAUCGUAAUGUGUAUUCUACGAAAUAUUCCGACAAUUGAAGACAAAUACUUAAAAGUAUUAGUUCGGGAUCGAGAACUUUACGAAGACACAGACACGGAAGUCAAGCGUCAGAUAUGGAAAGACAAUCAAUCACUAUUUGGUGAUGAAGUCUCCCCACUUUUAAGUCAGUAUAUUUCCGAAAAAGAAAACAUUCUAUUCGACCAUCAGAAUAACACAACUCAGUUCUUCGGACCAUCGCCUAAAGUACGUCGACAGGGAGACGUGGUCCAAAAACUAGCGCACAUGAUAGGAAACAGCGUCAAACUCUACGAUAUGGUGUUGCAAUUUUUGCGCACAUUAUUUUUACGAACUAGAAAUGUUCAUUACUGCACCCUUCGAGCGGAGCUAUUGAUGGCUUUGCAUGACCUAGAAGUGCAGGACAUUAUUUCCGUAGAUCCCUGUCAUAAAUUCACGUGGUGCUUAGACGCAUGCAUCCGCGAGAAAAACGUUGAUAUCAAACGUUCCCGAGAACUGCAGGGUUUUCUAGAUAAUGUGAAACGUGGUCAAGAGCAAGUUUUAGGCGAUUUGUCAAUGACACUCUGUGAUCCUUAUGCUAUAAACUUCCUUGCAACUUCGGCGAUUAAAAUUCUUCACGUAUUGAUAAACAACGAUGGCUUACCAAGGGAAAAUCAAAUUUUGAUUUUACUGCUACGCAUGUUGGCGCUCGGAUUAUCCGCCUGGGUAAUGAUAGACUCGCAGGAUUUCAAAGAGCCGAAGUUAGACAGUCAAAUCGUGACGAAAUUCAUGCCGGCGUUGAUGUCUUUAAUUGUCGAUGAUCAAGUGCGUUCAUUAUCAUCGAAAUUACCACAUGAUGAACGCGAAGCAGCCAUUACUCUGAUCGAACACACAGGAUCAGUUCCCGACGCAGUCGAGGCUUAUAUCCAGGAAAGCCCAGUCGCAAGUAUUCUCGCAAUGUAUUACACAAUUCACGUAGCUAGACUUAAAGAUAAAGUUGGUUUACUUCGUAUUCUUACUAUUCUUGCAAACUGCAAAGAGGAUCGCGCGUUUGAAGAUCCAUUCUUGCACUCGCUUGUCCACCUGUUGAUACACAUGCCUGAGGAAUUCAUUGCGCCUGCGUUCUGCACCGGACUAUUCGACGAGUUUUUCUUCGCUGGAUUACAGAGAGACAACGUAACAAGGCACUUGUUAAAGUUGUUGUGGUAUAUUCAUCCCAAGUUGCCAUCGAACCGCACUCAAACGCUUAUCAAAGCGCUGCAACCCACACAUCAGCAUGGCGAGAAGGUGCAUGUGCUGUAUCAAUCCUUACAAGAAAAGAUAAAUUCACAACAGCAAGAAGAAUCACCCCCGGAUAUGGAUAUUGAUGUGAAUUCGCCGUUGAUGAAUGUGCCAACACCUGCGCCUUAUCAUCAAACGAUAUAAAUUGUUAUUUUAAUUAAAUUUGAUUUACUUUAAAACAAUAUAUACACUGGAACUGAA